UCCAGCUACCCAGCUCUUGGCUCAUGCCUCCUGUGACAGUCCAGGUCCUCAGUGUUCUUUGCUGAGCAGGAGCAGCAGUGAUUAGCAGGAGAGCUGUUUGCUCAGCACUGUUAGUGCUUCACAUGUAUGACUCAUGUGAUACCCCAGUACCUCCUUGAGGUAGAGGUUAUCACUCCCAUUUCACCCACGGCUCAGCUACCUCUGUGAAGUGUGUGCCCACAUCACCAGGUUGCGGUGGUGGUCAGCGCCUACCGCACAUCGGUACCAUUUGAGAAUUACAAUUCAGCUCAUUGGUAAAGUGUUUGCCAUGCAAGCAUGGGGUCUUACGUCCUAUCUCCAACAUCCACAUAGAAAGUCCGGCAGAGGGACUGGAGCGAUGGCUCGGGGGUCAAGAGCUCUUGUUGCUCUUCCAAAGGACCUGGGUUCAAUUCCCAGCACCCAUAUGGUAGCUCUGAGCCGUCUGUAGCUCUGGUUCCAGGAGAUCUGAUACCUUCUUCUGGCCUCUGUGAGCACUGCACACAUGUGGUGCUCAUGCAUACAUGCAGGCAAAACACUCACAUAAAAUAAAAAGAAAAUCUCAAAGCUGGAAGCUCCCCUCUGUCCAGAUUUCCCACCUGGAAAUCCACUGAGGCUGGGAUGUUAAGACGCCUCUUGGCCAUGACGAAGUGAGGCCUCACCCACCCCUCCUUUCACAUUCCAGAGCCCUUCUCUGGCAGGAAUGACAGCUAAGAGCAGUUAAUCAUUAAUUCUUCACGAACCACUGAAGGACCCAGGCUUAGGUGGGGCCCGACACCUGCAGGAGGGCCCCCCCUUUGUCCCCACCUCUCUCUCCUCGGAGGUCUGAAGCAAAUAAUGGGGGGGGUACCCUCCACAUUACCCAGGAGCCAGUGAGUGGCCCUCUCCAGGGUCAUGGGAACCACUCUGAGAGAACUGGAAAAUCCAGUUGCCAUGUCUUGGUGCCCCCAACACCAGUGCUGAGGGCCCAGGGUCAAGAGAAGCCGCUUCCACAUCUCUCCUGCCAUCAGAGAAGUGAGGGAGCCACAAUGGGGUCUUCGAGGCCCCUCUUCCUCCUUCUGACCCUCCUCAGCAGCACAUGUGCAACAGGGCCAAAGGUGACUUUGAAAGUAAAGCUGACGGAGGCUUUCCAGGCCAAGGCCUCCCAGGACUCCAGCUUUCUGGACAUGCUCCAAAAGAUCUGCCUCCUCCUCCACCUCCCAUCAGGGACCAACAUGACCCUCCAUCACAAAGGGCCACCGCACCAUCUAGCCUGCAGAACCUGAGGCAGCGAAGCCUGUGUGGGCCUCCAGCAUUCAGCUUUGGGGGGUGGGCAUUGGG